GAUGGUUUUAGACGAAGAAAAAGCGCUUUUAAGCGAGGAAAUUGUCUUUGAAAAGGUUAAAUUUUCCCUCUUUUAUCUGUUGUAUUGUUUUAGAUUCAGAAUAACUUCAAGCUGUGGUAUUUUAGCCCUUUAUGCCCCUAUCAGCCCUAUCGAUUGUGGUGACACAAUCAGGCAGUGAAACCGGCGUCCACUAUAAUGACAGGAAUAUCAGCUUAGUAUGACUGGAUUGUAAUUUAUUUGAUCGGUAAACAUACGUUUCUUAACACAAGACAACAACAAACACUUUCAUUUCCAUUUAUUUACGAAAACGUAGAUGAUAAAUCAACGGAAUAAGUUCUAAAGUGGAGGUUUUAAUGCUGUUGUUUUAAAUAAAAGGUUCAGAGUUUAAUUUGUGAUUGCCUAGAGCAUGAUUGAUAUUGUCCUCAAUCAAGCAUGGUUCAUCUGUAAGCUGAAUCUUCUCUUUUUUAACAAGUUUAUUGUAGGUUUGAGUAAAAUGCCAACCACGAUCGCAAAAGUCAGAGUUUUUAAAUUUUUCUGACUGUGAAUACAAAAAAUGAAGAUGUGAAUUGGCAAGAGUUGUUGGCCAAGAUUGAGAAGGAGACAAAAUUCAGCCAAUGAAAUUGCACAAACUAUAGCAGUGUUGUAGAGAACUUAACAUGUUUUCACAAGAUCUGACAGUGUCACAUGAAUAAUUGUGAUAGUGCUUUGCAGCUAAUGGCCGCAUUGACCUCUGCUCUCUCUGCUAUAGAAUGAUGAUUCCGACCCAGAAGAUGAAGGUGAACAGGAGGAGUCACCAGAGAGUGGAGAUGAAGAUGACGAAGAGGAGGAUGAAGAAGAAUUAGAGGAUCCCGGGGAUAAAGUCAGAGAAGCAUGUGCUCAGCAUAAAGAGUGUGCUAAACUUUUUGAGGAAUUAGAGGCUUGCAAUAAUCGAGUGAACAGCAAGUCAAAUACGGAGGAGAUAUGUGUACAGGAGUUGUUUGAUUUCUUAGAGUGCCGUGAUAAAUGUGUAAGUAAUAUUAGCAUUUCUUACUUCUUGUUGAUGUUUGCAAUGCAUAGAUCCAGAAAAUCUUCGUACUCCUCUGUGGAAGUGAUUAGAAGUUCCCGUGUUUCACGUCAUCAUAAAAAACUCCAACAAGUAUUUUAGACCCUCCUUACUUACUCCUUAAGCUUCUACUUACUUGGAAAAAUGGAACGAGACAACCUUUCCAUAGAGAACCUUUUUCUAGCAUUUUUCAUAGAAGGUAAUUUUUUGUUGAACAUUUGCCAUUUUUGAGCCACUAUUUCAAGAAGUUCUUGGAGAUGAGCUACAUCCUAUAUGUUAAAGGAGCUGUGUCAUGAAAUUUAUCAAAUUCGAAUGGGAACUGCCACCAAACUAAGUGAAACGUGAAAUAACUGCUGAGGGCAUGAAUAGAAGGUAUAAAUAAAACAACAAAAUACAAAAGGAGGAACAGAUGGACAAAUUUGAAGAUUGAAACAGAAAUGUACUGUAUUUUGAAAACUUGUUAGCCUAACAUUUUUUCAAAGUUCAUGUGCUUUGUUUGUAACAUUUGAAGUACUGCCUGAGAGACAUGAAGCUGUGAUUUUGCCAUUUACACAUAAGUUCCAUAGCAUUUAACGACGUGUAAGUGACAUUGUUGACAAAAUGAACUAGACAGCCGUGACACAACCUCUUUAAUUGAACUGUUGAAAUUUUAGGGGAAAAAGUGCAGCUGGGUGUUUCCAAGGAAACCAGUCAUUUCGAUACAAAGUUGUUUUGAUACAUACACAAGCAGUGACAUUGCACAAAAAUUUUGUUAACUUUAAGUCUAUUUUGCACAUGAACAAGAAAAACAUUUUAGGUGAAUAUUAUUAUAUUUAUUUUGUUCUUUAAGCCAUGUGGAACAAUUUACACCUUGCCUGAAUAAACUUGUAUCGAAACGACUUUGUAUGAAAAUGACCGGUAAUCGUUUGCAAUACUAUUUCAUGUGACAUCUGGAAAUAUCCAUAACAUUAUUUUUUUAGGCCUGGUUACUUGCUUUUUAAAGCAACAAACAUAAUAUUUUGUUGCAUUGAACAUCUUAUAUCAUAUUUUAUCAUUUUGGUCUCACAGGGUUCAUUUAUCUUACAUUGUAAGUCGUGAUGUUUAUUUUGUUUUUUCAGCUUGCACAUAGUUUGUUUUCAAAAGUAAAGUGAUGAAAAUUCAUGCAAGUAUCUUCAAUGUUUGUAAGGAUGAGGAUGUUCCAGCUUGAUUGCAAAGAUGUUAAAAGUGUCUGUUGGGAACACUGGCUGUUUAGUCCUUUUUCAUCUUUUUCCUGAAUUACCCACCAUUUUAUUUUAAUGCCAGGAAUUAUUUACAGCUGUCUGGACAGUAAUGUGCUUG